AUGUUUAGAACCCUAAAACAAUGUCAGUAGGUAUUUAUUUUCAAACUUUUUUGAAAAUUUAAAAUUUUUAAAAUGAUUUCCAAAGACUUUUUGACCGCUUUUUUUUGUUCAAAAAUGACUAAAAUUUGACAUUUUAUGCCAUUUUUUAAUGUUAAAUUUUUAAAAAAUCAAAAUUUUAAAAAUAACAAAUUUUGAAAAAAAAAAAAUUUUUUUCUCCGAACUUUUGGACCUUUAUUAGACGCAUUAGAAUAACUUAAAUAGGAUGACUAUAGUCUGCGUAAUCCGCAGCACUCUUGUAAAUAGCUCGCUGUGCCAUUGUAGAUGAACAUAGUAACAAUAUCGUAGUAACUCUCAACAUUAUUUUUCAUACCGACCGGUAACAAAAAGGUAACAGAAAAUAAUGACAUUUCUUGAGUUUUGGACGAUUUUUGAAAUUCUUUCCAUUUUACAUACUGUAAUUUUUAUAUUUUUGAAAAUUUACUAGGUUUUUCAAAUAAUACUGCGCCCCUUAAUCCCGAAGAUUUGCUUUGGGAAGGGGCACAGAAUUAUUUGAACAACCUAAUAAUAUCACGUUUUUUAAUUAAAAAAUGAUUUUCAGUUGGGAUUUUUAUACCUAAAUAAAAAUAUUUUAAUAAAGAAAGUAACUUUAUGUUGCUGUUGUUAUCUAAAAAUUAAAAAAUUUUCUACUUUUUCAAAAUAAAAAAAUUAAAAUUUAAAAUAUUUUCAGAUUAACACUGAAACAGACAGAUGAAUCCGAAACUCCAAUUGAAAUCAUCGAGAAAGCUGGAAAAUGUCAUUUUUUCAAAAAUUUAUCGACCGAAAACUGUUGCACUGUGCAGAUCGAAGAGAUCGCUGCAGGCAAGGACAGCCCUAAACUUAAUGUCAAAUUGGACUUGAAGCAUUCUCAAGGUAAUAUUUUGUUAGUUACUGACUUUUACUGUAUUAUUCUUUAUGUUUUUUGGCUAAAGAGGAAGUAGAAUAGGUAUAAAAAGGCAGAUUUUUUAUUAGUUUGUUUAAAUAAUCCUGAGCUACUUCUCAAAGCAAAUUGUUAGGGUUAGUAACGCGGGCUUCUUUGAACAAUCUAAUAUGUGAAUAGGAAAAGCCAAACUCAGCCUUUCUAUACCUAUUCUGUUUAAUUUGUGACCGAACUGGGCGAUGGGAGGGGUGGGGAAGUGAGACUAGAAUAGAGGUCAAAAAAUAAGUAGAAUUGUGAUUUUUUUAGAAGACCCAUUAGAAGCGGCAGAACCAUACAUAGUAUUCACGAAUGGCACCACCUUGUUCCGACUACACGAUUGGGACGACUAUCUGAUACAGUCUGAGCCGAUGGUUGUACCGUUUUUAUUGGAAGGAGACCAGAAGAUCACUGGUGGGUUUCUUGGUUUAAUUUUGAAUUUUUAACAUUUUUUGAAAUUAAAAAUUUUUUUUUUGAAGUUCGAAAUUUUUAAAAACUUUUAUUUUUUUUCAAAUUUUAAACUUAAAAAUCGAUGUUAAUAUUAAAAUAUGACACCUUUUCCAGCCGUAAGCUCAAUGUCAUCAGACGAGCUUCUAAUAGGCUUAUCAGAUGGCUCGGUCCAUCUGAUUGAUAUGCGGGGAGAGAACCUGACUACGAUUCAGAAGAAGCUCCGAGAGCCAGAUGCCAUUCCCAUCACCCAAAUCGCCGUAGACCAAGUCCAGGAAUGCUUUUACAUAGUUCGCGAACAGACUGGACUAACUCGCUGCUUCAUGCCGGACUGUCGCGACUACACGAACCUGAUCACAUCGUCGUUGAGCUACAUCCAGAAUAUCGUAGUAGACGCGUGGAAUGGGUACCUCUACUACAUUACCAAUGCUGGCGAUGCCUUUUCUACCCCGCUGUUCAUGGUGGAUUCACCGAAGGAGUACAAGCUUCAGAUCACGAGGAGGAUACCUGAGUUGGCACCUGUUUAUACCUUGGAUAUUGAAUACAAGAGCCAGAGGCUACUGGCGUUGCUGAGGAAUGGAUCCCUUAUUGGGAUGAAUUUGAUUGAUCAGGAGGUAAGGGAUUCUUACCUAAUACGAUAUAAAUCUAAGGCCCUCCCCAGCUAUUACAAUAUGACCCUUUCAACCUACUACAAUAUAAACCAAACACCCUUCCACCUACUACAAUAUCAAGCCAACAAUCAUUAUUUUAGGUAACAGACGAACGAGAAGAGUUCGAAAUCAAUGGCAAGUACCAUAACGUGGUCAGGUCCCACUACUACGAGAACCGCCUCUUCUGGACCUCGAACCAGUGUGAACACGAGAACACACCGUGCCUGUUCAGUGAGGAAAAGAAUCCAGAAUCCAACUCUCUGAACCUGAAUAGGUACCUGUACAAUGGGAAGGUGGUGGACUUUGCCAUAAUGAGGGAUCUACCUAAACCUCUGAGUUUGAGUCCUCUAACUGAGAUUGGCCUCAUGGUUACCGACACUUCUGGCAAGGUGUCUUGGCGACCUCCCAAGCCUAUGCCUUUUCAAGGUAACUUUAUAUAUUUUACAUUGUUAUGAGUGCCGUAUUUUACAUUUUUUUGAAAUCUUGACUUCAUUUUGAUCUCUUAAUAAACCCAGCCCAAUACCUAUAACAAUAUUAUCUACCCCCUUUCAGCCCCAAUAGCUCACGGUUCGAACUGGCGUCGCCUCACCUUUGACUGUCAGAUCAAAGAUACAGUAAAGAAUUCUACAGUAUCCGAGAAGAGUGGGAUCGAAAUACACGAGUAUCAAUUCGAAGCCGAUGCGAGUAAGGCCUACGAAGCCAUGGUGAGAGCUUGUGCCAAGGAUGGGACUUGUUCUGAAUGGACCUCCACCUUAAACUCGGCCUUCAAUGAGAACGAAACUGAAGCUUUGGCCGUUUUUGCUAAACAAAUCGAUAAACUUGGGGCUUUUGAUCUGGUAAGUGAUUUAGGGAUGUUAUAGUAGAUGGCUUACCUUAUUUUAGGAGCGUUGAAGUCAAUGUUUAUCUGUUUAAGGGAAUUGUAGUCUAAAGUAAUAUAAAAUGACCUUAACUAGCUAGAAAAACAACUUUUAAUGACAAUAUAGCCCUAAAAAUAGACUAAUCAUCGCUUUUUAAUACCUAAAAUCAUCACCAUUCAGGCAGGCGAAGAGAUCGAGCGUUCCGUCCCCAAGAACCUCCCAACCUCAGGCCUCGUAUCUUACGAAUCCUUCUCUGACAAUCUCUACUCAGUAUCCGAAGCCGACUCCAGCAUCUACAGAAUCUUCCACUCCGAACGCAAAAAGAAGUUUCUCGACUUUUUAAAAGUAAAGUACAUGGUAGUACUGUCAAGGACGGCUAUCCUAACAGUAGCAUCGUCGUAUCAGAUCACGGCAUACCGCCUGACCGGCUCAUUUUACAAGUCGAUUUACAAUGCUGAGGAAGGAGGAGCAGAGGUUGUUGGAGUUGCCGGAGAUGAUGUGAACAAUAUGAUCGUGUUCUUCCUUCAGAAGGAGGAUGGAGUCGUGGAGAAGCACUCGUACAAGAUUGGAGGUGAUGAACAAGGCAGUCAGGUCGUGGCUAGCCUCAAAACAUUCCCUAAGUAAGUUUUAUGACAAUACUUUAUAAAGCGAUCAAAUUCAUUACAUUCCCGAAAUUUCUCAAAAAUCAGGGUUUUUGUUGUGGAACCAAACAAGGAUAUCUUUAAAAGAUAACUUGAUGUAAAAAAAGUCGUUUAUCUUGGAAAAUAGACCUAAAUGAUAACGAUAAAUAUCAUUUUACUUUAAAUUUGCCUUUAGAAUCCGCCAAAUCGCCGUUCUCGCAAAGAAGUUCGUGUUCAUAACAACAGACAGCCUCCUCGGAAUUUGUGACACCAACCUACGCAAUAUGAACCUUAACUAUGCCUUAAAGGACGUCCAGCAUCUUAUCUCCUACUCUAACUGGUCCAAAGACAAACCUGCCCCAGACCGCGCUCAGUUCCUAUUCCCUCAGGGCAUUGAAUUCGGCGGAGACAAUAGAAACCUUAUCUCAUGGUCAAUUCAACCCAAUCUGAUCAAAGGACACGCUCUAUAUAAGAUACUACUGUAUCCGAGUGGAUUAGACGCCAAACCUACAGUAGACUACAGUUUGAGUCCGAGUUAUACCAUUCCAGGCCAGGUUUUGGACAAAUGGAACAGCAAACAACAGUUUGAUGCCCAGAUUAGUGUUAUCACAGCUUGGACUGAAACUGAGCAGAACAAGACUGACUUGACCGCUCCAACCAAGCCUCCUAAUCCGCCUGUUGGACUGAAGAUCUUCGCUACUACACAGGUUUGUAAUUUUUAGAGUUAUUUGGGGGAAAAAGAGUACAACAACAUUGUUAUACAGCCUAAACGAAAUCAUAUAUAAGGUCUACAAAGAUCCAAUUAGCAUCUUUAUGGCCUGACAAGAUUCAGAAGGUUUUAUACCUAAAACAUGUCUUAUAUAUCUUAUAAAAUACUAAAAGUUUAUCUUGAGUGUAUAAAAUGAUGUAUAAUAUAAAAGAAAAGUGAUAGACAGCUGUCCGUUUUUUACUGCGAGCUGAUUUCAAUCUUUUGCGAGAGCAAUUGCAAUAGAGACGACUUUAAAGAGAGCCUCUCUCGACUCCCAUGUGGUCUAGUGGUUAGGAUUCGUGGCUUUCACCCACGCGGCCCGGGUUCGAUUCCCGGCAUGGGAAGUAAACUUUUUUGCAUUUUUAAAAUGAACUUGACGCUGGAAAUUACGUAUUUUACUCGAAAAAACACUUCUACAUUUAUUUUUUUUAACUCUGACUCUAAUUCAAGUCAAUUACUCAUCAUAUUUCUUCAAAAAACAAUGUUUUCAGAAGACAGUAGAUGGUCCACGCGCUGUAAUCGACCUUUUCUGGGAUGAACCAACAGAAUGGAACGGCGACAUGCUCGGUUAUGUUGUAAAUUGCACUAAUGAAGCUGAUGGACGUCCAGAACAAGUAUUUUCGGAAAAUGUCAGUGCUAGAUUCUCCAGAGCUUAUUCGUUGGAAGUGAAAUCUGGCAAAGUACGAUGUGCUGUAGCAGCACGGAACGAGCAGAAUAUUGUCGGAAAGUUCAGCGAACAAGUGGAAAUUGACAGUGGAGGUAAGGUUUUGUCCAAGUUUUAAAGAAACAGUUGAUUUAUCGUCUUUAAGGACGAUUAAUCAAAAAUUUAUAUUAUCCAUGACAAAAGUCGAACAAAAAUUAUGUUUUUAUAUCUAAAAUACCAUAAAAAACUUAAAAAACAUACCCAGAUAGCUGGAGAAUCUUAUUCUAUACCGGAAACCUAUAAUUUUCAGAGUUCAAACCUCUUGUCCGUCUGUUUGCCAUCGAUUCCACUGAUCAACUCCUGAACAUAAACGACUGGUCGAACACGAAACCUCCAGCUUCUGAAACCACAAGAAAGAAACGAGAAGGAGAUUCUGUAAAAUAUCAGUCAGUAGCCUUCAUCGGUAAUGAUUUAUAUGCCAUUAGAAGGGAACAGGAGACCACUCAACCAUUCCUCAGCAGUUUGGAUAUUAAUGACGUUGGAAAUGUGUUGCACAAGGUUAGUUUCAUAUCUAAAAUAAGGAAAAAUGCUUUGUCUUACCAUGAUGAACAUAUUCAACAAGUUCCUCAAUGGAUAGCGCAAAAUUUUGUCCAGAAAAAUGGAAGUUUGGAAAAAUAAGUAAUUUUACGAGAAAAACCUGCCAUAGAAUGCCAAAGAUGCCAUUUUACCGCAAUUUUCAAAUUUUGAAAAAAUAAAUUUAAAAUAAAUGCUUUAAAAAUCAAGUUCUGCAAUGUAUUCUUCGAGUUAGAACGUUGUCGAUAAUGUUUUAGAUCCCGGUAACUGGAGAAUUCAGCCAGAUCAGUGCGAUGGGAAGCGAUUGGGUGGGGAAUCGCCUUCUUCUUGUUGGGAACCACGAUCUUCUUGAGAUUCAACUGGAAAACUUUGAGAAUCUUGUAGCCGUAACUCCGAAGAAACUUUUUUCACUUUCGGCCGGAGCUCAAGAUGCCAAACAAAUGAUUGUCGAUCCGUUUACCAAGUAAGGAUGGUUAAUACAAUAUUUUUAUUGGUUUUAGGUAUUAAAUAUUACUUAUGUGAAAGAUAAUUAGGUUUAUUCUGUCAAUAAUGUUGUUUCCUUUUAGCACAGCAUAUCUUUUGUCCAAGAAUGGCUCCCUUUUCUCUCUCGACCUGACCAAACAGACAGAGGUUAACAUUGGUCUUCACGUUGACUGUCUGAAGUCGCAGACCGUGACUUCUGUGGUCGGUGAGUUUGUGUGGAAUAAGCCGGCUUCUCCCUUGAUCUACGCUUUGACAUGGAACGGUCUGAUCACAAUUGAUCCGAUCAGUCGAAAGUGUUCUGAUAUUAACAUUGAUUGGACGAAGUUUGGAGAAAAAGGUCUCAAAAGUGUUAAUCUGUUCACGUUGGCUGACAAGACCUUCAUCAUUUUUGUCACAUCGUCUCAAUUGUUCAUUUACGACCGGUCGAACAACAAUGUCACACCGAUUCCUAUCAUAAAUCCACCUUUGAAGCAGAUUCUGGCUGCUUCACAGGCUUCUCAACCUUACCCUGACAGAAGUUGCUUCACUUUGCCGUCAAGUGAGGGUAUUCAGUUCAAUGUCAUCAACGAAGGACGGUCAGGAGCGUUAGUGAAUGUGGGAGAAGCGGUGGUGCCAACCGGCUGUCGGCAUCUUUCCAAUCCUCCAACUCAGUACGAGAUACACUUUAAAAGGAGAGACAGCGAGAAGGUGAAGCAUAUUACCACGAUUCAGACAUCGACUCAUGUUGAGAAUGGCAUAUUGGACAAGGAAACGGAGUAAGUACAGAUUUAUUUUAUAAAUAUUAUAGUAGAGGUAUUAUCAAUAUUAACCUACGCAUAAGAGUCAUAUUGAUAAAGAAUUCAGGUCAAAAAGUACCUAGAAAAGUAAAUCUAUACCGUUAUUUCGACUUAUUCCAGCUAUGAUGUGUCAAUCUCAACCUUCAACCGCUAUUUCCCACCAGCUGGUCAGUCGGAAAGCCAUCACUUGAGAACCAGUUAUGGGUACCCAACAGCACCACAAGAUCCAAAAGUGUUUGCUCUAACGCCAGAUACUGUAGUCGUUUACUGGAAGUUACCAUCAACACUUAAUGCACCACCUUCUGAAAUCAAGUACAGGGUAAGAGGAUAUAUUCGGAUUGGUGUGGGAUACUGUAUUUUUAGAGUUAUUUUUAAAUUUUAGAAGUAAUAACAGUGCUUUUCUUAAUGUUAAUACCUAAACAAAAUUUUUAAAGGUUAAGGGUUUUAGGUAGGCUUUUCUUUAUUGAAAAAGGACUAUUAUAAUACGUACAAAAUUUGUGCCAAACUAGAGACUAUUAUAUUGAAAGUGUGCGUAAGGCUAGAGAAGAAAACUGAACCCAAUCAAAAAGUGAUGAGCGAUUUUAAGACCUUUGAGAGUAAGAAGUGAUCUAUAGGAUUAAUAUCCACAAACAAGGUUGGCUUGUGGUCCUGGCUCUCAAAAGUGGCUAGAAAUUACUAAUUUUGAAAAGUUCGACUGAAAUGUUGAACUGGUGUUAGUACUUUUAAUUACGCGUAAUCAUCGUAUGGAUAAAGUUAAUAUAUUUAUUUAAAGAAAAGUUAUUUUGUGGAUAUCUGAAAUUGUUAAGAAUGUGUAGAGAUUAGUUUCUGCCUCUAAUCAUUUGUGAACUUCAAAAAAAAGAAAAUUUUUCAAUUUUUUUAGGAAUAUGCGUUCAACUUUUCAGUCAAACUUUCCAAAAUUUCUCUUUCCUGGCCACUUUUGAGAGCCAGACUACAAGCUAACCUUGUUUAUGGAUAUUAAUCCUGUAGAUCUGUCCAUUUUCUAAAUAUAUCAAAAGCGUUCGUCACCUUUUGAUUGGGAUUGGAUAUCUCUGCUUGUAUUGCGUUCUUUUUACUCUACACUCUCUCUCUAUUUAUACCAUAAUUGAACGACAUGUAGCUGCUAUAAAAAGUUUAUGGUAAAAGCUAUGAUUGUUUUUAAACUAAGAAAUUUAAAAGCAUACUUUUUGAUAUUUUUUGUGCACGGUGAUGGCACGUUAGCCUUAUUAUCUUGUUUGUAUUAUAAGAAACACAAUUUUUAUUACAUAUCAUAAAUGAAAACUUUACUUUUUAAGAUUACGUUUUAGUGAAAUAAGUUUAAAAACGACAUUACUUAGUUAAAAUUUUAUAUUAGUUCAACUUAUCAGUCGAAUCUUCCAAAAUAGUAAUUUCUAGCCCCUUUUGAGAGCCAGAACCACAAGCUAACCUUGUUUGUGGAUAUUAAUCCUGUAGAUCUGUUCAUAUUCUGAAAGAUAUCAAACGCGCGCAUUACCUUUUGGUUCGGUUAGGUAUGCCAUGACUGUCUUACGCACUCUCUAUCUAAUGAUAUAUUGUUGAAAAGGAGAAACAUGCAUAAUUAGGUCAUAGAGUUGGGCAUAAAAUAUUCGAGAGGCUGAAAAAAGAAAUGUUUCAUAAAAAAUAGUAAAAUAACACUAUAAAUGACAUCUCAUACUAUAACAUGUAUAUUAUUAUGUAUAAUUUUAAUAAUUUUUAUACUUCAGAUUACCCAGAAGACUAAAACAACAUUGCCUGUAGUUGUUGGAGCCAAACCUUUUGUGAAUGGAGAUUUUGGACAGUUAAGCGACAUUGUAUCUUGUUCAUUGAACCCAUGUCAAGCCAAGAUCAGCAAUUUGAGGACUUCCAGUAACUACGAGUUCUAUGUGAGUUUGCCUUUAGCUACUAUAAUAUACUGUAAAAUGCCGAAGCACUCUUAAAAUUUAGUUUGUGUUAAAUUUUCUUACUUGUCAGUGUAUAUUAGAGUAAGAUCAAAAAUUUUUUGAUAAAUGAUUUUUCUUUGUGUAUAGUAUGUAUUAUAUAUUAGGCUAAUACACAUCAUUCUACGUCGUAUUUUACCUUUUAGAUCACGGCGAUUCACGUCAACCGACUGAACUUCCAGCUGGUCGAGGAAAACGAAGCCAUUUCAAUUGAAACCCAGACUAAAACCAAGGAUGUACCUGGUACCCUGAGGGCAGAAAACGCGACAAGUUCGUCGCUUUUACUCAGAUUCAACUCUCUCGAGCCUCAGUUCCUUCCUGAUGACAUAUUUCUACAGUAUAGACAGGUAUGUUGCAUAUUUUUACACAAGAUUAAACUUAUUAGUCUUGUAAUAUUCUGAAACCUCUACAAACAACGUAUUUUGCAAAGCUAAUACAAUAAAAAUUAAGCUAUAAUUAUAUUAACCUUACCUUACAGAGCGGAGUAGAUGCCUCCUGGCUGGACGUCCAGAACUCCACCUUCGACCAAGGUCAGAACCCAGUCCUCAACAUGAGCAUCACCGACCUCAGGUCGUGCACAACAUACGACUAUCGCUUUGUCGCCGAAUACUCCGACAAGUUCGACUACGAUGGCAUUGAGCGACAGUUCACGGAGAGAUUCUACCAGCAAUCUCAACAAGCUCGUACCAAGCCUGGCACUCCAUCAGCACCACUCGACAUGAGUAUAAGUCCAGUACGAGACGGCUUCGUACUCAAGUGGAAUCCUCCAGAGAACGACGGUGGAAGUCCGAUCACACGGUACGCUCUCGACUUCAGAAGGAACUCGACCAGUGAGUGGGAGAUCGCCGAGGUCAAGAACCAGCCAGACUUUUUGCAGUGGCGAGUACUACCCACUAUAGUACCGGAACCCAAGAUUGCCGAGUUCCGAGUACGAGCAGGUAACGAUGAAGGUCUUGGUGCAUAUGCAUCACUGAAGUCAGUCAUGGAACCAGACCAGUCUCCAGUCGAGCCGAAUAGCAUCUGGUUCUGGCCCCUGUUCGUACUGGUGGUACUCGUCAUGAUGAUGGUAAUACUCUUUCUCAGCGGAUUACUGUACUUUCGGCACAAGAAUCAGAAGGCCAAGAAGCGGAAGCAGCGGAUCAACAAGCAGAUUAAUCUCCAGAACAUCGGCGACAUCGAGUUCCCUACCGCCCCCUCCCAGAUCCCUCCCGAGCUGCAGAACGAGAUCCAGAACCUGCCCAAGAUCCCGAAGUCGAGCCUCCGGAUUCAGCAGGAGCUGGGCAAGGGCAGCUUCGGCGUCGUCAACAAGGGCCUGCUCCAGAACUGGGACGUCUAUGGCCCUAAGGGAGUAUAUGUGGCGAUCAAGGUGAUGAAGGGCUGUUGUCGCGACCAGAAGCAACGAUCCCACUUCCUGAAGGAGGCCAUCCUCAUGAACAACUUCGACCACCCCAACAUGAUCAAGCUGUUGGGGGUGUGUCUGGAUGACCCCAACGAUCAUAUGCUGGUGAUGGAGUUCAUGGAGGGUGGGGAUCUGAAUGUGUUCCUGAGAGAGUGCAGAGUAUCACACAAUCAUACUGGUAGUAUCGAGCUGACAUUCGCUGAACUGAUCAGUAUGAUUGUUGAUAUUGGCAGGGGAUGUGCUCAUCUGGAGAUGCACCACUUUGUCCAUAGAGACUAUGCGACCAGGAACUGUUUGCUCACGGCGAAGGAGGCUCCCAGGACUACUAAAAUAGGUAAAGAUAGAGGUAUAGGUAGUGGUAACAGUAUAGUAUGAUGAAAAAAGUAGUUACGGCUACUACAAUAUUACUUUAUAUUAGAUACAGCCAAGGGCGGGCGGGGACUUUUGGUCUGGGGCGGGGGUCGAAAAAAUCUUCACAUGCUACCUGUGCCGAUUUUUCGCGAAAAUUUUUUUUCGAAAAAUCAACAGAGGGGAUCACGUUCAACUUUUUUCAAAAAUUUUUUUCUCCCCAGCGCCCGGCCCUGUAUACAGCUACUAUAAUAUCAUCAAAGUUCCGUUUUAUAUCAUAAAAUUGAAUGUAAUCUCAAUUUCUAUUUCAUUAAGUCCUAUACAGUACUAGUACUAAAUAGUACCAGUACUCUAAAUCACUUUUACUAUAUAAACCUACUUUUCAGCCGACUUCGGAAUGGCGAGAGACAUCUACAAAGAUGAUUACUAUCGCUUGAAUGGGAACGAUCUCCUGCCGCUUCGGUGGCUGGCUCCAGAAUCCGCUUCCUCCGGCGUCUUCAGCUGUAAAUCAGAUGUGUGGGCGUUUGGUAUCUUGAUGUGGGAGAUUAUGACAAUGGCCGAAAAGCCAUUUGGUCAUAUGGACAAUCCGGUGGUACUAAUGGAGAUCAAGAAUGGCAAUCAUCCUAAAUGCCCUAUCAAUUGCCCUGAGGAAAUGUAGGUUGAUAUAUGUAGUUUUUAGUGACCUAUCAUGAUUUGUAGGGGUCUAUCUGUCAAAAAGUAAAUAGAAAGAGCAAUGAAGAAGCCAAAUGUUACCUAAAAACCAUAUUUGUUGCUUUGUAGUGACAUAGAAGGCGUUCUAUUAAAUUGUUCAAAUAAUUAUGCGCUCUCUCUGAAAUCAAGUUUUCGGAGUUAAGGGGCACAUAUGAACACUAAUACAUCAUUUUUGACCAAAUAAGCAUAAAAACAUUAUUAUUUAUACUUCUUUUAGCAUUUUGUGCAUCAAUUAAUAUAUUGUAGUAGAUAGAGUAUACCUUGUUCUAUAUAAUUUUAAUCUAUUUCAGCUUCCGAGUGAUGCAACGCUGCUGGAUCGUGGACAUUGAAAAGCGCCCCACCUUCGCAGAACUAUUACCAGACCUAGAAUUACUGCGCUGUAAUCACCACAUGUUCCAUGGUGAUCCCUACAGUAUACGCGUCAAGGAAAAUACCGUAAGAUUUCGAAGUUGCAGUACGAUUUUAGGGCUUUUAGGACCAAAAAAAUUUUAAAAACGUAAAAAUAUCGUGUUAUGAGCUGGUUUGUGGGUAUUUAUUGACCAAUUUGAAUAGAAUAACUGAUUCGACAUUACGUAUAGCGUUAUGCUAUUAUUGAUUUUCUAAAAACUUUCUAAAAUCGACCGUUUCAGCGUUUCGACGGCGAGUAUAACAUUGGUUUUGACAAUUCGAAUGGGUCCAGCUCCUCCUUUAACCGAAGUGCCAACAGAAACCUCUUCCCGGAGCAGAAUAGGUACUACCUGGGAGGUGACGACAGCUCCUCGUAUCGUCCGUUCUCAGGAAUCUCGGGCGAAACCAGAACCACCAAUACCGACUACGAGAAGCCCAGGUCCAGCUCUACUUCAACAUCACACUCGAGGAACGCCAGCGGCUACGGAACGGACAGACCGAACGAUGGAUUUGCUUAUCGGAACAAUGCCUUCAGGCACGAUAGUGAUUACGGUAGCUUUUUUGUUUUGUAUAGGGUGUACUCUAGCUUUUUGUUUUUAUUUGGGCUUACUGUAGCUCAGUGUUUUAUCUCUAAAGAACUAAUAUUUACAUCGAAGAGUAGCUCCGUUUACAAAAUAUUGACUUCAGAAUCCCCAGAUUCCCACAGUUUGUCACAAGCCGCCUUCCGAAUGCCUCACAAUCAGCGCGCCCUGCGCCCAUAUAACGCGGAGAUGCGGAGUAACAGUAUGAAUCUACCUCGAGACUUCAACAAUGACUCUCCACCCACUUACGGCGGUCGAGGCAGAAUCAGUCAGGUAUAG